UUAACGUUUUUACUUGUGACAAAUAUUUAAAAUAAAUGCGGCAGUAAAAAUUAUAAAUAACUCCAAAAAUUAUUAUUUAUUUAAAUGAAUAAAUAUUGCCAUGUACAUAAAUUAAUAUUAAUUUUAAAAUAAAAUUUAUUUCAUUUAAAAUUUUUUUUUGAUUUUAUGUUUAUUAACUGCUUUUAAGAAAGUUGCUGGUAUAUUUUUAGAUCAACGGACAUUAUUGUUCUUUAGUAAAAAACAAAAAUAAAUAAAUAUGAGUGGUGAAGAAAGACUUGUUACCGAAGUACCUAGUAGCCUUAAACAAUUAGCACGACUCGUGGUUAGAGGUUUUUAUUCUGUCGAAGAUGUUCUUAUUAUUGAUAUGCUCGUGAGAAAUCCUUGUAUGAAAGAAGAUGAUAUUUGUGAACUACUAAAAUUCGAACGUAAAAUGUUGCGAGCUAAAAUAUCAACUCUUAAAAAUGAUAAAUUUAUACAAGUUAGAUUAAAAAUGGAAACUGGACAAGAUUUAAAAGCACAAAAAGUUAAUUACUAUUUUAUUAAUUAUAAGACGUUUGUAAAUGUAGUUAAAUAUAAGUUAGAUUUAAUGAGGAAAAAGUUAGAAACUGAAGAAAGAGAUGCUACUAGUAGAUCUAGUUUUAAAUGUACAAAUUGCUUAAAAACAUUCACGGAUCUCGAAGCAGAUCAACUGUUUGAUGGGACAACUGAAGAGUUUAGGUGUACAUUUUGUCGUGAAAUUGUGGAAGAAGACCAAUCAGCAUUACCGAAAAAAGACUCACGUUUAUUACUUGCCAAAUUUAACGAACAAGUAGAACCUCUUUUCAUUUUAUUACAUGAAGUUGAAGGAAUUAAACUUGCACCCGAAAUACUUGAACCUGAACCAGUUGAUAUCAAUACUAUCAGAGGACUUGACACAAAGAAAUCUGGUGGUCUACGAGGUCCAGGUGAACCAUGGUCAGGUGAUGCUUCAAGAGGAUCAGGAUUCGCUGUUGAGGAUACCACUGUUGGAGUGACAAUUGGUGAUGAGACUAUUGAUGACUCUGCCUCACGAAGAAAAGAACGGCCAAUUUGGAUGAUUGAGAGUACCGUAAUGAAUGACGGAACUGAAGUUGACGCCAGUGCUAAUCAAGACAGUAUUCUCGAUAAAGCUGCUGCUACCGCGACAACUAUUACGUCUUCGACAAAUAAUAAACAAGGUGAUGAUAUUAUGUCUGUACUACUGGCCCAUGAAAAGAAAGGCAGUAACAAUAGUGCUGCUAAUGCCGUUAAAAGUGUUCUUCCUCAAGAAUCUAGUGAUAGUAGUGAUAACGAAGAUGCGAGUGACAUGAAAGCUAUUGAUACAGGUGAUGUAGAAGUCAUGGAGUCUGAAGACGAUGAUCUAGCACCAACAGUAAGUGUCGGCGGUAAAACAAUUGCAAUCACUGACGUCAAUGAUACUCUGAUAGCUGAAAUGACACCCGCUGAAAAAGAGGCAUACAUACAAACUUAUCAAGAGCACUAUUCAGACAUGUACGAUUGAAAAUUAUCCUCGGUAAUUAAUUUUAUUUCCAAAACUUUUAAAUCAAUCAAUCAUGUGUAUUAUUUUGUAUAAAUAAAACCUUU